UUCAAAGGUCGCAUAUCGGCAAGGUAACGGAGUGCAGAGAGAGCUGGAGUGGAAUUAAAUCGACGAAGAGUAUCUUGUCAAGUAGAAACGGUACAAAGGAUAAUCUGUUGCUUCAGCUCGCUUUCUAAGGGCAGUGUCGCAGGGAAGUUGGAGCCCACCUCAGCCAUCGUCUGCCGAAGGCAGGAACAACCCCUAGACAAGGCGUCAAUCAAUAACAAGGAAUCUCGCAUAUUGCUACGUGUUCACAAAUUCAGAAGCAGAAUCAUGUUUGCCCCAUUGCUUUAUAUGUCUUGCCUUCUGUCAGUCUUGAGCAGCACCACUGCACAUCCUGAGGUGGAAAUUGCAGAGGGAGUCCGACCUAAUAUGAGACUCGACAAAAAUAUGGUUCAGGAUAAGGACCAUAUUAUGGAACAUCUGGAUGGUGUUAUUGACAAACCAGAAUCUGAUAUGUCUCCUCAAGAACUGCAGCUCCAUUAUUUCAAAAUGCAUGACUAUGAUGGAAACAACUUAUUGGAUGGACUUGAGCUUGCCACAGCUAUUGCACAUGUUCACAAAGAGGAGGGUGGAGGCCACAACCCACCAAUGAAAGAGGAAGACCUAGUUAGCCUUAUUGAUGAUGUUCUCCGAGAUGAUGACAAAAACAAUGAUGGAUAUAUUGACUAUGCAGAAUUUGCAAAGUCAUUGGAGUAAACUUUAUCAUUUCAGAUUUCAUGAAUCUAAUAAAUCAUUUUACUGUUCCAAUAUUUGAA